AUGGCGCAAGAUCAAGAUAAGCGAAUGAUCCUCCGGCUUCUGCUUGAGGAUUUAGAUGAUCUCGAAAAUAGACAGAAAGGAAAACAAGGCACAGGAAAGGAAACAGACCUUGAAAUUGCCAUCUCAUGCUUGAGGGAAGAUAUUCGGGCUAUGCAAACUUCCAUCGACGACGAGAUAUUGGCGCUUAGCACGAGUACUGCAAUCGCCACUGACCAGAAGAUACUCGCGUCUCUUCUUCGCGAGGAAAGACUUGCUAAUCAGGACCACCAAUUCGCUCUCGCCCUGAACAAAGGAACCGCUAAUCGUACGAAUGCCUUGGCAAACGAUAUCGUAUCGUCAGAUGACGAUGACGAUGCCGUUUCCAUUGUCAUGGGGGAUCUCAUGGGCCGGAUGUCUGUGAGUGGCAGAUCAUCUAACAACGGGGAAGGCUCAUCAUACAUGCGUUCAUCUCGAGGAACCAACUUCAUGAGUGAAUGUGCAUCCUGUCUUACAAAGGUCGAGUCUAUCGUGUUCAAGGGUGCGUGCGGUCACGAGUUUUGCCUCGACUGCGUAAGACAGAUGUUCCUCGGUGCCAUCAGAGACGAGGAAUUAUACCCGCCUCGUUGCUGCGGCAAUGUCAUACCGCCUGGUGUUGCUUUGAGGAUCCUUAACUACGAGGAGCUUCGAAAUUUCAGUGAAAGAGCCCUUGAAUGGACCGCAAAAGAUCGCCUCUAUUGCGCUGAGCCAACAUGUUCGAAAUUCAUUCCCCCAUUCGCUAUCCGAGACGAGCACGGCACCUGCCCCGAAUGUCACCAGCGGACUCAUGUACCAUGCCGUUCCCUCGCCCACCCUCGCGUCGAUUGCCCAAUGGACGAGACUCUUCAUGCUGUAUUGGAAAUAGCGGAUUCUCAAAACUGGAAGCGAUGCUUCAAUUGCCGAACCAUGGUAGAGUUGCACGUUGGCUGCAACCAUAUAACAUGUCGCUGUGGCCGCGAAUUUUGCUAUGUGUGUGGCUUGGUUUGGAAAACAUGCGAGUGCCCACUUUGGCACGAGGACAGGCUCGAAGAAGUGGCAAAUCGGGCGGUACAUGAGGAGGUCCCGGCCAACGCCAAUAACCAAGUCCGCCAGAUCGCAUUUAACCGGAUAGUCGAUGGCCUGCAGCAGCAUGAGGACAACGGCUGCGAGCACCACAGGAACUCGCAAUGGGUUUUCCAGGUUGCCGGAUUCGGGCUUGCAACCGUUGCCGAAGACAUAGAAUGA